AUGAGUGCAUCUAACAGACGGAAAAAGCAAAAUGGUGAAAAUAAUGAACAAAAUCUGAAAGACAAGAUACGUCAAACGGUUCGCGACAUCUGUAAUCAAGAAGCAGCAGGAUUAGGAGUAACACCGACCUCUGAUUUUAUCUCUUCUCUCACGGAUUUGGUGUACGAACACGUCGAAACCACCGGAUCAUUGUUGGAAGAAUUCGCGAAUCAUGCUAAACGUACUACCAUCGCAAUAGAGGAUGUAAAACUGCUCGCGCGAAGAAAUGAAGAUCUAAAAACAUUUAUCCAUAACUUUGCAGAAGAUUUAGAGAAGCGCAAAAAAUCGCGCGCCAAAUCCUCGAAAUCUGUCAAAACUAAAAGAAUUGUGGACCAACAACAAUCUUGUGGCGAAAGUACAGAACACGAUGUUAAUGGCGACGAUGGAGAUGAUGAAUGGGAGGACAGCUAG